AAACCACUCACCAUCCACAGGUCCUCUCAGAUCGAUCAGCAAGCAGAAACCACAGAGCCAGUGUUCAUCAGGCGUUACCAAGGCCAGAGGAAAUCAAGCAAGAGGAAGAAAUAUAAUGGCGGCGGCCACCCUCGCUGCGGCGGGGAUGAUGAUGGUUGCGCUCCUCCUGGCCGGCGGCGCGUCGGCGCAGUCCCCGUCGAGCCAGUGCACGUCGGUGCUGGUGAGCCUGUCGCCGUGCCUGAACUACAUCUCCGGGAACGAGUCGACGGCGCCGGCGUCGUGCUGCGCGCAGCUGGGCAAGGUGGUGCAGUCGGACCCUCAGUGCCUGUGCGUGGCGCUGAGCGCGGACCCGGCGUCGCUGGGGCUCAGCGUCAACCGCACCCGCGCGCUGGGCCUCCCCGACGCCUGCAAGGUCAAGACGCCCGACGUCAGCAACUGCAAGGGCGGUGGCGCCGCCGCCGGAGCUCCCACGACCUCGCCCGGGACGCCCGCGGGGCAGACGCCGGGCGCCGCCACGGGGUCCAAGACGACGCCGUCGACUGAGUCCGUGCCCGGCGCCGCCACCAUGCAGAAGGGGUCCGCCGGCCUCGUCGCCGCCCUCGUCGCCGCGGCCGUCCUCGCCGCCGCCGCCGCGUGAUCGCAAUCGCAUACGCCGGUUGUUCCAUCCGUCUUGUUCGUGCGUAGGAGUCGCUACGGAUUAUUGCGUUGCUCCAUUUUGCGAUUUGUUGAGCUUAUUCUUCCUCUUGAUUCAUCACAGCAUUCCUUGUGAAUAAAGAUACGCAUGCCUCGAUUGUUGUUCUUGACGAA